AGGCGGCGGCGGCGGCGGCAGCAGCAGCUGAGGCGAGCAGCCUCCUGAGGAGUCGGCGGCGGCGGCGGUGUCGUCGUCGGCGCUGCUAGUGUCGCGAGGCCGGAGGGAGCGCGAGGGCGGCGUUGGCGUUGGCGGCAGCCUGCGCGAGGGUCGGGGAGGGAGGGAGGAGCGGGCAGCCUCUGGGCGGCGCCAGGACGAAGCCCCGGGGGAGGCCCCGGCCGGUGAGUGCGGCGGAGGCAGCGCCCGCCAUGGACUGAGGGAGACGCGAUGGGCAACAAGGAGUCCCGCAUCGGCUUCCUCACCUACGACGAGGCCCUGCGGAGGGUUACAGAUGUAGAACUGAAGCGGCUGAAAGAUGCCUUCAAGAGGACCUGCGGACUCUCAUAUUACAUGAGCCAGCAGUGCUUCGUUCGGGAAGUGCUUGGGGAUGGAGUUCCUCCAAAAGUUGCCGAGGUCAUAUAUUGCUCUUUCGGUGGCACGUCCAAAGGACUACAUUUCAACAAUCUGAUAGUAGGCUUAGUCCUGCUAACGAGGGGCAGAGAUGAAGAGAAAGCAAAAUACAUUUUCAGCCUGUUUUCAAAUGAAUCCGGGAGCUAUGUCGUCCGUGAAGAGAUGGAAAGGAUGCUUCAUGUGGUCGAUGGGAAAGUCCCGGAAAGCCUCAAGAAAUGCUUCUCGGAGGGUGAAAAGGUAAACUUUGAGAAAUUCAAAACCUGGCUGUGGCAAAAUAAAGAGGCCUUCACGUUUUCCCGCUGGCUGCUCUCAGGGGGAGUGUAUGUCACGCUUACGGACGACAGCGACACCCCGACUUUUUAUCAAACCCUUGCUGGAGUCACACACUUGGAAGAAUCCGAUAUCAUUGAUCUUGAAAAACGGUAUUGGCUUCUGAAAGCUCAAUCAAGGACAGGACGUUUUGAUCUGGAAACAUUUGGCCCUUUGGUUUCCCCUCCCAUUCAUCCAUCUCUGGGUGAAGGUCUUUUUAAUGCCUUUGAUGAAAAUCGUGACAAUCACAUUGACUUCAAAGAAAUCUCCUGCGGACUCUCUGCCUGCUGCAGGGGACCGCUGGCUGAAAGGCAGAAAUUUUGCUUCAAGGUUUUUGACAUUGACCGAGACGGGAUUUUGUCUCGCGUUGAACUUGAAGACAUGGUGGUUGCCCUUUUGGAAGUCUGGAAAGAUAACCGUACAGAUGACAUUCCUGAGCUGCACAUGAACCUGCCGGACAUAGUAGAAGCUGUUUUGAAGGCACAUGACACUACCAAGCUCGGCCACCUUACUCUGGAAGACUACCAAAUCUGGAGUGUGAAGAGUGCUCUUGCCAACGAAUUUCUGAAUCUCCUUUUCCAGGUGUGCCAUAUAGUCUUAGGUCUAAGGCCUGCCACUCCAGAAGAGGAAGGACAAAUCAUCAGGGGCUGGUUAGAACGAGAAAGUAGAUAUGGCCUUCAGCAAGGACACAAUUGGUUUCUUAUUGCGAUGCCUUGGUGGCAGCAGUGGAAAGAAUAUGUCAACUACGAUGCUAGCCCUGUUGUGAUCGAACCUUCGUCUGUCUUAAGCAGAGGUAAGAACUCGCUCCCGGGUGCUGCAGCCCAUGCGCCAGAGCAGGGAGAAGACAAAACAGGCCGUUUAAAUUACUUCAGUGCCACAGAAGAAAAGUUUUCAGAUAGCAUUUCAACUGCAUCAGAAGCCUCAGAGACUGCUAGCAAUUUCCUUUACACCCUGCCUCCUAGUGCCGAGAUAUGCUUUUCCCGUCAGCUUAACUCUUCAGACAACAACAAUCAGUGCCUGCUUGGAUCCAAUGGGAACAUUUUGCUGCAGCUCAAUCCACAGCGGCCUGGAGCGAUUGAUAACCAGCCCCUCGUAACGCAAGACGCAACAAAGGCUCCAUCGUUGACUCUGGAAGGUGGUCGUUUAAAGCAGUCUCCUCAGUUAAUUCAAGGGAAGAGUUAUGAAAUGGUUCCAGAACCAGUAUGGAGGGCUCUUUACCAUUGGUACGGCGCAAACCUGUCUUUGCCGAGACCAGUGAUCAGAAACAACGACACCAACCUGCCUGAGUUGGAGCUCUUCCCGCGCUACCUGCUCUUCCUGAGGCAGCAGCCCGCCACCCGGACGCAGCAGUCCAACAUCUGGGUGAACAUGGGUAUGAUGAGCCUGAGGAUGUUUCCUCAACAUUUGCCGAGAGGGAAUGUCCCAUCUCCCAGCGCUCCCUUAAAGAGGGUCCUGGCCUACACUGGCUGCUUUAGCCGCAUGCAGACGAUUAAGGAGAUCCACGAAUAUCUGUCACAGCGGCUACGGAUAAAAGAGGAGGACAUGCGCUUGUGGCUCUACAACAGCGAGAACUACCUUACUCUUCUGGACGAUGAGGACCACACGUUGGAAUACCUGAGCAUCCAGGAUGAGCAGCACUUAAUAAUAGAAGUUCGAAACAAAGACAUGAGCUGGCCAGAGGAGAUGUCCUUUAUAGCAAACAGCAGUAAAAUAGACAGGCAUAAGGUUCCAACGGAAAAGGGGGCCACUGGCUUGAGCAACCUGGGGAACACCUGCUUCAUGAACUCCAGCAUCCAGUGCGUCAGCAACACGCAGCCUCUUACCCAGUAUUUCAUCUCUGGCAGACAUCUCUACGAGCUCAACAGGACAAAUCCAAUAGGAAUGAAGGGACAUAUGGCCAAAUGCUACGGGGACUUGAUUCAAGAGCUGUGGAGCGGGACACAAAAGAACAUUGCUCCUUUAAAGUUACGGUGGACGAUAGCUAAAUACGCUCCCAGAUUUAAUGGCUUCCAGCAGCAAGAUUCUCAGGAGCUCUUGGCUUUUCUUCUGGAUGGUCUCCAUGAGGAUCUGAACCGAGUGCACGAUAAGCCGUACGUUGAACUGAAAGACAGUGACGGCCGGCCAGAUUGGGAGGUGGCAGCAGAGGCCUGGGAGAACCACCUGAGGAGGAACCGCUCAAUAGUGGUGGACUUGUUCCAUGGGCAGCUGAGGUCCCAAGUGAAGUGCAAGACCUGUGGGCACAUCAGCGUCCGCUUUGACCCUUUCAAUUUUUUAUCUUUGCCCCUCCCGAUGGACAGCUACAUGCAUGUUGAAAUCAUAGUAACUAAGCUAGAUGGGACAACUCCCAUCCGAUACGGACUGAGGCUGAACAUGGACGAGAAAUACACUGGCCUGAAAAAGCAUCUCAGCGAACUUUGUGCCAUGAAGCCAGAGCAGAUCCUCCUUGCGGAAGUGCACAGCUCCAACAUAAAGAACUUUCCUCAAGACAACCAGAAAGUCCGUCUCUCGGCAAGCGCAUCCCUGUGUGCAUUUGAGGUACCGAUCCCUGGAUCCCCCACGUCAGCUACUCCAAGCCCUGUGCAAACAGAGUUCUGCAGCGUGCCGUCAGCCAACGGGAUGAUCAAUGUGCUGAUGAAUGGCGAUCUUCCCCGGCCAACCCUGAUCCCGAAUGGGAUGCCAAACACAGUGGUGCCAUGCAGGAUGGAAAACGGCUUCUCCAAUGGGAUGGUGAACGGCCAUGUGACCUCUCCCUCCGACAGCCCCUUCAUAGGCUACAUCAUUGCUGUCCACAGGAAAAUGAUGAGGAUGGACAAGUACUUCCUUUCAUCUCAGAAGAACCGGCCAAGCCUCUUUGGAAUGCCACUGAUAGUUCCGUGCACCGUUCAUACGCGGAAGAAAGACUUGUAUGAUGCGGUCUGGAUCCAGGUGUCCCGGCUGGCAAGUCCCCUCCCUCCCCAAGAAGCUAGUAACCAUGCACAGGACUGUGAUGACAGCAUGGGAUACCAGUACCCUUUCACCCUACGAGUGGUUCAGAAGGACGGCAAUUCGUGUGCUUGGUGCCCCUGGUACAGGUUUUGCCACGGCUGUAAAAUCGACUGCACUGAAGAGAGAGCUCACAUGGGGAAUGCCAACAUCGCUGUUGACUGGGAUCCCACGGCACUUCAUCUCCGCUACCAGACAUCACAGGAACGGAUGGCUGAGGAGCACAGGAGCGUGGAGCAAAGCCGGCGCGCUCAGGCUGAGCCAAUCAACCUGGACAGUUGCCUCCGGGCCUUCACCAGCGAGGAGGAACUAGGCGAAGAUGAGAUGUACUACUGUUCCAAGUGCAAAACUCACUGCUUGGCCACCAAGAAGCUGGACCUGUGGAGGCUUCCCCCUAUCCUGAUAAUCCACUUGAAGCGUUUCCAGUUUGUCAAUGGCCGCUGGAUAAAAUCCCAAAAGAUCGUCAAGUUUCCCCGAGAGAGCUUCAACCCGAGUGCCUUCCUGGUGCCAAGAGAUCCAAGUUGCUGGCUGCAGAAGCCACUGACUCCCCAGGUUGACGAUCCCUCUGACACCCAGAUUCCGCAAGACGAGUGUCUGAGGAUGGAGGUGCAGAGCGUCCCGGUGGCCGGGGAGGGCGAUGUGCUGACCAGGAGCCCCUCUUCCCUCAACACUUCCGGCGUCUUAAAUAAUAUCAAAGCGUCUCCAUCUCCCGGGCGGAAGUGUGCAACUGGAUGUCCGUCAAGUAAAAACGUUAGUCCAACUGGUAGCCCCAGGACUUUGGGAAGAAGCAAGGGGCGGCUCCGGCUCCCCCAGCUAUGUAAAAACAAACUGUCCAGCAGCAAAGAGAACUUGGACAUGACCCGAGAGAACGGUACAGACCCGGACCCUAAGGUCACCCCCGAUCAAGGAGAUGGCUUCAGCCGAGGGCAUGCUUUGGGGGGUAGCCAGGGUGAGCUCUUUGCCGCUCAGGACGGCAGCGAGGUGACUUUAGCCAAUGGAUACCUGUGCAAGCAAAACUCCCACAGCAACGGCAGCAUCAACGGGGAGGAGGAGAUGGUGGUUGACCAAAGAGGAGAGAUCUGUGUUAACCCCAUCUACAGCCUAUAUGCAAUUUCGUGCCAUUCAGGAAUUAUGGGAGGAGGUCAUUACGUCACUUACGCCAAAAACCCCAACAGCAAGUGGUACUGUUACAAUGACAGCAGCUGUAAGGAAUUGCAUCCUGACGAAAUCGACACGGACUCCGCCUACAUCCUUUUCUACGAGCAGCAAGGAGUGGACUAUGCACAAUUUCUGCCAAAGAUAGACGGCAAGAACAUGGCAGACACAAGCAGCAUGGACGAAGAUUUUGAGUCCGACUACAAGAAGUACUGCGUGCUGCAGUGAGCGCAAGCCAGGGGAGGCGCCGUGGACCGCUGCGAGGGAGCGCCCUUGAAAAGUCGCCUCCCGUUUGGCAAAAAAAGAAAAAAAAAGUGGUUUUUAGCAGAGCGGAAGAGCUAAACGUAGUUUUUAUUUUUUUAUUUUCCUCUCAUGAUCUGAAAGCACAACUAGAAGAAAAGAGAAAGAAAGAACCCCUAAUUACAUAGCAGCUCACAGGUUGAGAUAGCUUUGGGUUUUUUUGUGUUUUUGUUCAGAUCUCUCCAUACACAUUGGGCGGGGAGUGGGGGGGGGGAAUAGCACCCAUUGGUUGGAUUUCUUUUUUUUACCUUUGGCUUUUAAACUGGUUUGAUAUAAGCAGACUAGGACCAAGAAAGCUUAAGUUGUAAGUAGCCCAAAUAAAAGCUGGCCCAGAGUAAUGGUUUGCUUCCCUCCCCCCCUUUUUUAAAACAAAAGCAAAUUACCCAUAGGAAGAAGAAGAAGAAGAAAACCAACCUUUUUGGAUGCUCUCUUCAGAUUUAAGACGAUUGAACUUGUAAUGUUGUCUGUAGACAACAUGAAUUUGCUACCUCCUUUUUCUGAAGUUUUAUUCCAUUUUU